AUGAUGGCUAGCUACCCCGAGCCCGAGGACGCCGCGGGGGCCCUGCUGGCCCCGGAGACGGGCCGCGCAGCCAAGGAGCCAGAGGCGCCGCCGCCGCCGAGCCCCGGCAAGGGAGGAGGCGGCGGCGCUGGGACAGCCCCGGAGAAGCCGGACCCGGCUCAAAAGCCCCCGUACUCGUACGUGGCGCUCAUCGCCAUGGCAAUCCGCGAGAGCGCCGAGAAGAGGCUCACCCUGUCCGGUAUCUACCAGUACAUUAUUGCCAAGUUCCCGUUCUACGAGAAGAACAAGAAGGGCUGGCAGAAUAGCAUCCGCCACAAUCUCAGCCUCAACGAGUGCUUCAUCAAGGUGCCGCGCGAGGGCGGCGGCGAGCGCAAGGGCAACUACUGGACGCUGGACCCGGCCUGCGAGGACAUGUUCGAGAAGGGCAACUACCGGCGCCGCCGCCGCAUGAAGCGGCCCUUCCGGCCGCCGCCCGCGCACUUCCAGCCCGGCAAGGGGCUCUUCGGGGCCGGGGGCGCCGCGGGCGGCUGCGGCGUAGCGGGCGCCGGGGCCGACGGCUAUGGCUACCUGGCGCCCCCCAAGUACCUACAGUCCGGCUUCCUCAACAACUCCUGGCCGCUACCGCAGCCGCCUUCACCCAUGCCCUACGCCUCCUGCCAGAUGGCGGCGGCCGCUGCGGCGGCGGCGGCAGCCGCUGCAGCCGCGGGCCCGGGCACUCCGGGCGCGGCCGCUGUGGUCAAGGGGCUGGCUGGCCCGGCCGCCUCGUACGGGCCGUACUCACGCGUGCAGAGCAUGGCGCUGCCUCCCGGUGUGGUGAACUCGUACAACGGCCUUGGAGGCCCGCCGGCCGCGCCCCCGCCGCCGCCGCAUCCCCACUCACACCCGCAUGCACACCAUCUGCACGCGGCCGCCGCACCCCCGCCCGCCCCGCCGCACCACGGGGCCGCCGCACCGCCCCCGGGCCAGCUCAGCCCCGCCAGCCCUGCUACCGCCGCGCCCCCCGCGCCCGCGCCCACCAAUGCGCCGGGCCUGCAGUUCGCCUGCGCCCGGCAGCCCGAGCUCGCCAUGAUGCAUUGCUCUUACUGGGACCACGACAGCAAGACCGGCGCGCUGCACUCACGCCUAGAUCUCUGA